CAGAAGAAAAUAAAUAUUUUUAUAUCUCAAAUAGAUUCUUCUAACUGGAUUAACUCUAAAAUUGAACUAAAAAAAAUCAAAGUAAGUGACUUGUGCCUCUUGGAACACUUAGAGCCUUGGGGGCUUUCAACCGAACUAAAAGCAAAACAAACUCAAAGCCCUACUUUAAAAGCCAAUACUCUGAAAAUAUAUUUCUGGCCUUCGCCUGCUUUUUGUAGGCGUCCGAUAAGCUUUAAACCGGGUUUUAACCCAAUAACGGUUGGCAGCAGGGAUUGCGGGCAAUUAAUAAGGCUUCGUAAACUCCGUACUAUACUCCAGAAAUGGGGCCGCUUUUCAGAAGCACAAAUAAACUCUUUCUUUCAAGGGAUAUUCGAAUACUGUAAAUACAAAGCUGGCGAGGGAGUCGCAAGGUCUUUUUUGGGGGUUAAAUUGGCUAAAAAGCUUGAAAAACAUUUAUUAAAAUCUCCAAACCAACUUAUGCAACACUAUCUUUUGGGCAACGGUAAAGUGCAAAAGAAAAAAGAAGAGUCCGUUCUCAAAUUUCAGUUGCAAAUUGCCUUGCGACUGUUGUGCUUAGAGAUUAGAGCUUCGCAAAAGUGUGUUGAAGUUGACCUCUUCGACAACACCAAAGCGGAGAUUUAUAAACUACUGGAUCCCGUUUCUGUCUUUCUUCGAGGAAAACUUGCACAUUAUUUCAACUAUCUCGAAGAGAUGUUUGGCGAGUUGAAAACCAUUCUGGUUGAAUUAAAGGACUUCUACCUCGAAGUUCUGCCCGAUAGUGGUCCUCCUGCAGCCAAUCUUUCUAUUAAGUGCAUCGCAAAUAAGAGACGACACCCCCUAAGAAAAAAAGUUCCCCGAAAAAAAAACGUUUAUCGGACUCACACCGCCGGAGCUGCCGGGGGAGUACACUCGAAGUCUGGCGGACGGGGCCACACAAAUAGCAUGCCACUUCUGAAGACCAUUACAAUGAGCCGGGUUUCCUUGCGUAAUAGCGCCGCCGAUAACCUAGGACGAGAGGCGAGUCCGACGGGCACGAGAUUAUUUAAGCUGGCUACCAGCAGCGAGGCAAAAACGCGCUUUCAGAACACCGCCUCCAGGGAAAACGCACUACUAAAGCACGUUGCUACCGGUUUAGAGUCGCACGAGGAGGUACUAGCGGAGGAAACACCAGUCAAAAGGAAAGUGGCGACUAUAUUUAUUCCGGACACACCGCAAGUGCAAUACGCCCAAAAGUGCGCUAUAAAGCUAGCGAGGUACGACGGCGAUAAAGACACGCAAGACAGCCGAGGAGGCGGUUCUGAGCAAAGCAAAUCUUCUUCGCGGAAACUAACUUUUGCUUAA